AUGAAAUUGUUGCCGUGCAACGCUGCUGUAUCAUCUUGGGAAGAUGAUGCUUGGUAUGACCGGCCAGGCUAUCCGCCGUUGGAUGGUUGCUGGAUACAUCCACCAUGCGGAGACUCCCGGCUGCCCGAGGUAUACUUCUGCGAAGAUUGCGAGAAAACCAGGAAUGAGCCGCCUCCUGUAAUGUACGUGGGUUCUGGCGCGGACACCCACGUGCAACUGGAUGCGAGUUUUCCUGAGCGAUUGUGUCGGAUCGUCAGAACGAGGCAGAGGUGGAGCUUGGAAGCCUUGACCCCCAGAUGGCAAGUGCGAGUGCAGUCCAGUGGGACAAAUGCGACGUGUGACACUCUUGACGUUGGCCGACCGAGAGGCUUGCAGCAUGGAGACGUCAUCAGUUUGUCCACGCCACCGACUGCCCAAGCUUCGUAUUCUUUUCAGCUGGAGGUCUCGGAGUUACCAGAAGCGAGCUUCCCCAAUCGCUAUCCGGCUCGAUUUCCCUGCAGGUCCUCGUUGCCAGAAGCACCCGAAGCGCCCGAGGAGCUGCGCCGCUUAGCCUGGCAAACGGAUCAGAUGCGGCGGCGCUCGGAGCAGGACCAGGUGCGCGUGGCGGAUUGGUCCAACUUCUCCCAGUAUGUUAAGAAGCACUACCUGGAUCAUGGAAUCCACUGCACAUCCUGGAAAAUUUCGGGCCGGGGGAAGCCCUGUGAUCCCAAGCCUGCGAGCUUUCAGCCUCGGCCUUUGCCCAAAUGGAUUUGCGAGCUGUUGGCCGAGGCUCCGGCCGAGGGAAGCCGCGAGCAGCCUCACGCGAGCUGCCUGGCGGCUUCGGGGAGCCCCAUAAAACUGCAGCAACCGCUGCAGCAACCGCUGCAGGAAGCGGCUGUGGACGUGUGCAGGGACGGGACGAUUGGAGGCUACCGCGCCACUGAUGCUGCUGAUCUUGGUGCAGCACCGAGCCAGCCAGAAGAGGUCGUUCUGGAGGAGACCAACCCACUCCUGCUGCAGCCGAUUCAGGAUUGGUUAGAGUCAGUCGACGACGCUGGGUUUCUGCUUCAGUAUUACGAUCAGAUUGUCGCAAAUUUCGAUUCAUUAAAGCAAAUCCAUGAUGUCUAUUUUCAUGAUGGCUGUUUGGAUGGGAAGUUCUUUCUGGCAGCUGGUGUAACCAAGCUUGGGCACAAGAGGAUACUGCAGAAGUGGUUCCGGGACCACUUCCCAUGA